AUGGAACGCUUCACCAUUUCUCUAUUCCUCUUCCUCCUUUGCAUCCUAUCAUUUGCAGGUGCUGCAUUUUCAGAUGGAGGUUCCAUUGGAGUGAACUAUGGGCGAAUAGCGAACAACCUACCAUCAGCAGUGAAAGUAGUUCAGCUUCUGAAAUCUCAAGGUCUAAACCGGGUCAAGGUCUACGAUACUGACCCGUCUGUCCUCAGAGCCCUAUCCGGAUGUGGAAUCAAAGUCACCGUCGAUCUCCCCAACAAACUUCUUUUCUCUGCAGCCAAACGCCAGUCCUUCGCCAACGUAUGGGUCCAGCGAAACGUCGCCGUUUACCACCCCUCAACCCAAAUCGAAGCCAUUGCCGUCGGCAACGAAGUCUUCGUCGACCCACACAACACCACAACGUUCCUCCUACCCGCCAUGAAAAACAUCCAUCAAGCUCUGGUCAAGUACAACCUCCACAACACUAUUAAAGUCUCUUCACCUAUAGCUCUCAGCGCCCUCCAAAAUUCUUACCCAUCCUCAUCCGGAUCCUUCCGACCCGAACUCCUCGAACCUGUUUUCCAACCAAUGCUAGAUUUUCUUCGACAAACCGGAUCGUACCUCAUGGUCAAUGCUUACCCGUUUUUCGCAUACGAAUCCAACGCCGACGUUAUCUCUCUGGACUAUGCUCUGUUUCGUGAAAACCCAGGCGUCGUCGACUCCGGCAAUGGCUUACGCUAUUUCAGUCUGUUUGAUGCUCAAAUCGACGCCGUUUUCGCGGCAAUGUCGGCUUUGAAGUACGAUGAUAUCAACAUUGUCAUAACGGAGACUGGUUGGCCGUCAAAGGGUGAUGAGAAUGAAGUCGGAGCCAGUUUAGAGAACGCCGCUGCGUAUAACGGCAACUUGGUCCGACGGGUGCUCAACGGCGGUGGGACCCCAUUAAGGCCCAAAGCAGAUCUGACCGUUUAUCUCUUCGCUCUCUUCAACGAGAACGAGAAAAAUGGGCCCACUUCGGAGAGAAACUACGGUCUCUUCUACCCUAGUGAAGAGAAGGUUUAUGAUAUACCAUUUACAGUGGAGGGAUUGAAGAACUACCGGGACAAGCCGUCUCCGGUGGGUGGUCAAAGGGUGUCCCCGCCGGUCAACGGUGGAGGGAAUGUGUCGACGAGUGUCUCGGGACAGACAUGGUGUGUGGCUAGUGGGGAUGCGGGAAAGACUAAGCUGCAAGCGGCACUAGAUUAUGCUUGUGGUGAGGGUGGGGCUGAUUGCCAUCCGAUCCAACCAGGGUCCACGUGUUACAAUCCUAACACAAUCGAGGCUCACGCUUCGUUCGCGUUCAACAGCUAUUAUCAGAAGAAAGCACGUGCGAUUGGCACCUGCUAUUUUGGUGGGGCCGCGUACAUCGUCACUCAGCCGCCUAAAUUUGGGAAGUGCGAGUUCCCAACUGGAUAUACUGAAGACAAAGGCAUGGAGGGUAAGGACUAA